CCCAAAGAAUUUAUCCUUGUUUUUCAAUAUUAUAGAAUCGCUUAUUGUUUCAUGAAGUAGUAUAUGGAUAUGUUYCAUUGUUUCACUGUGGUCUCAUGAUUUGAGGAUGCUGUUAGGCAGCCGAGUCGUUCGUGGUCCAGAUUGGACUUGGAAUGAUCAAGAUGGCGGCGAAGGACAUGUCGGCACUAUUACAAGUGUUAUAAGCGAAUAUGAGGAAGGGAUACCUUUAGAUAAAGCAACAGUUAAAGUAUGCUGGGAUAACGGUUGUAUAGCAAGCUACAGCAUAAGCAUCAAUGGACAAAAUCACAAUUUAAGGCUUCUUGAUUCAUCGCCAAGUGGUGUGAAGUUUACAAACUUUACAUGCGAUGGGUGUGGUACGAGCCCUAUCUUGGGUCAAUGCUGGCACUGCAAUAACUGUUCGAACUUUGAUUUGUGCACGGCAUGCUACAUGGAAGAUAAGCAUAAUCUUGAUCAUAACUUCGUGUGCAAAUUAUAUAUGAACCACAAGGGACUUAAACUUGGCAAACGUUCUCAUUGUGAAAAGUAUCAAGCGAAAGGAAUUUAUCCUGGCGCCUGUGUUAUACCAAUCGACGAUAACGCUCAACUGGGUAUCGGUAUUGUAAUUGAGAGCGACGAGGUAUCAUCCAAUGCAAGCCCUGGCAAAUGUGCUGUGUGCUGGGAAGAAACAACUAACGUUUCUAUUCACAAUUUAGGAAUAAAUGGGCAAGUAGAGCUUAAGGCAACAGAGAGCUCCAAUGGUCCARUGUACUACAGGGAUCAUCUUCCUCUUGUGACAAUGGACGAAAAUCUAUUGUAUGUUGGAGAUCGCGUAUGCAUUCACCGAUUAAAAAGUGUUACUGAAGCAUUUACUUCCAACACGGAUGAUGCACAAAAGGUUAUUGGUGAAAUUGGAAAAAUCAUCAAGGUCUCCGCAGAAGAUGGAUCGGUAAAAGUUGAGUAUGACGGUCUCCUGGGAGUGUGGCGAUAUCCGGACCCAAGCGUACUUUCAAAGAUUCCUAACCUUUCAAUAAAAGACUCUGUUCGACUGACUGAUAACAUUCAGGCUUUGAAGAAAUUGCAAACAGAAAAGCACAACGGAUUUCACAAGGAUAUGACUGAGGAUCUUGAUAAGCUGGGGAAUGUUUUGGACAUCGACAAGGGAAGUGUCAAAGUGAAGUUUCGGGAACAUGUGUGGUGGAUAAAUCCAGCUGCCCUGGAGCUUAUGGGUACUAUAGGAGCUGUGGUUGGUCAGAUUUUCAAAGAGUCAAUAGAUCUUGGUGUGGAGAAGGCAAAAGAUCGAGCUAGCUUUAUAAUAAAAGCCGCAAUGCAUCUCAUGAAAAAAAGCUUUGACAAAACGGACAACGAGGCAGAAGAGAGUGAAAGACGUACGAGCGAAGUUGGAGAAAAGCAAUAUUCCGUUUGCUGGAAAGACGAUCCAAAUUCGAGCAAUGUGUACAGAAUGAAAAGUAACCCCAGAGGAUUGAUGGUCAUCAUAAACAUCCAAAAGUUUGCUCUUAGCUCUACGCUUACAGAUCGACAGAAACUCAUCAAAGAAUUAUCGGAGCGUAAAGGCUCUGAAAAGGAUGUUAACGAUCUGAAUGACCUUUUCAGUCGGUAUUUGAACUUCAAGGUUUGUACCAUCAUAGACAAACCGAGGUUAGAAAUUUUGAGAGACCUACGAAAAUUUGCUGAAAACACUGAGUACAAAGAUUACGACUGUCUUGCAGUGUGCAUCAUGAGUCAUGGAAAAGACGACGUUUUCUACGCAAACGAUGGAAACACAAUCAAAGUUCCAGCUGUUUAUAACAUGUUCUCCAACUCAGAGUGUGAGGUUUUUCGCUACAAACCAAAGCUGUUUUUCGUACAAGCAUGUCGCGGCAAAAGGGGAGGUGGGUUCUUGGACGUAGCCGAUGGGCCGUCUCACAGUGAGGAAGGUACUAGAGCCCAAGCUCCACCUGUAGAGAGCAGAGAUCUUGACAUGGCAGACAUGCUCAUCGCUUACUCUAGUUUUGAAGAUUACAUUUCAUACCGACAUACAGAAGACGGAAGCUAUUUCAUUCGAAGCUUGGUUUCUGUUUUUAGAGAAUAUGCAGAUAAAGAGGAUAUCAUGACUAUGUUGAUAAGAGUUAAUGAURAGGUUUACAGGAGAAUACAUGGGUCAUCAUACGGCAGAACACAAGUCCCAGCCUCUAUACCAACACUCCGUAAAAAAAUGUAUUUCUGGCCAAAGAUGAAKUUUGACGAGGAGCCCUAAAACAUUCAACAAAACCUAAAACAAAGAAACAAAUUAAGUGGAUGACAUACUCAUCAAAAGGGCAGAUCUAAAARAAGGAACAGUUUUAGAAAAGCGGAUAGUGAGAUGAUGUCAUACUUGAACAAGGUUCUUGUUUCAGACCAUGCCAAAAACACGAAAGAGAAAAAAACAACAAAAAACAAGAAAAGCAAAAAAAACAGCUUGUUUUGUUCUACUUUUGAUAAACAAUAGACCAUAUGAAAAAUGGCGUGGCUAUCGUAACUCCUUAGUUUAUAAGAUUUUUAUUGUAUCAUUGCUACCCGUUGGACGAACACAUCACAAUGAAUACGAUCUGAAAGUCUCAUUUCUCAUACAUUUAAGGACCAGAAAUUACAGGUGUUUGAAGUUGCAAAGGUUUGAGUGAAAAUGAGUAUGGAGGCCUAACCAGCCUCGUUUUCACGUUUUUGUUACAUUUCAAAUGCUCAUAACUCUGCUGAUAUUUAACAAUUGAAACUAAAACUCUGCCAAUUGACUAGUUGAGAUAUACUCCUUCAUAUGGUGAACACAGAUCUUCAAAAAUAUGGAGCGGUUAAUUUCCUCAUUCCCAGUCUUAUGCUCGUUUUUCAUAUGGUCAAUCCUUCGUAGACAUAUUUCCUACUAUAUUCAACGAUAUCUGUAGGGUGCCAACACAAAAAAACAUUGAAAAGUAGAGUGAUCKCACUUAAACCGUUUAACUGUACAAACUAAAUAGGACUAUUUAGUUGUAUUUCRUAAAUYGUGCAUGCGGKACGCAAAYUAAAUUGAAUUGAUACAAAUGAAGCAUUCAAUACCGUCUUGCUUGAGGUCCACUUUUAGUACAAAUUAUUACUACUUAGAUUUUGUACAGUUGCACGGUUUAAGUGCGWUCACUCUACCUGUAGAGUGCUAACAUAAAAACAGUAACAACCAAAUAAUGAUAAAUAAGACUAUCAUAAUGUAGUUACUAAUGUUCUUCUUGUCCAUAAAGAGAGGUCAUUAAAAUCGUGAAACAAAAUCUGAC